AUGACCAGACGAACGAAAAAAGCCACCGCCAAAACAAAGACCAUAGAUCCACCGCCAUUCCCAUGGGCCACAACCAAACUCGCCACAGUUCAUACUCUUGAACACUUACUGGCAAACAAAAUUAGCUCAAUCUCCGGAACCGUUAAAUGCAGAUCGUGUCAGAAGCAAUACGAAAUGGAUUUCGAUCUGGAAGGGAAGUUUCGCGAAGUUGCGCGGUUCGUUAUCAAGAAAAACCGGGACACGCACGACCGGGCACCGAGUUCUUGGAUGGCUCCGGUUCUUCCAAACUGUGAGUUCUGCAACGGAAAGAAUACGGCGGUUCCGGUGAUCGCCGCAAAGAAGAGGAAUAUCAAUUGGUUGUUUUUGUUUUUGGGACAAAUGAUUGGGUGUUGUAAGCUUCCGCAAUUGAAGUAUUUCUGCAAGCAUGCAGAUAUUCACUUAACUGGAGCCAAAGAUCGCUCGAUCUAUGAUUGA